AUGAAUAAUUGUAAUGCAGAAGAUCAUAUUUUAAAAAUUUCUAAUGAAAGUGAUAAUUUGAAGGAUGAAGAUUUAAUUUUAUAAGCCUUAAAUAUCAACUAAGAGGAAUACUAAAGCGCAAUAAUAUGUUUUAGAGAUGUUGGAACAAAAUCAUUAUGUGCAAAUAGAAUUAAUGAAUUAGAACUUUCCUACUAAUGCUUUGAUUGCAGUAAAGAUACAAGCCAUAUAAUUUGCAAGGAAUGCUUUAUUCCUGAAAUUCAUAAAAAUCAUGCUGUUCAAAUAGUGUAAAUGUCAUCUUUAAUGCAAGGAUAUUGUGAUUGCGGUGAUACAUUUAUGCUUGAUAGGAACUCGAUGUGCCCAAAACAUCUUUAGAAAGAGAUGAAGGUCGAAAAUAAAUAAAUAGAAAAAAAUCCAGUUUUUAAAAAAUAUGAAAAAUUUCUAUUGGAUGCUUUUGGAUUAUUCUAUAAAAAAUUAGCGUAAUUUAUUGAUUAUCCUGAUGAUCUUUUGGAGAAUAUAGAAAACAUAAUAAAACAUUUAAAAAAUGAAAUUUUGGACAUUUAUUUUAAUUCUAAUAAUAUUUAUUUUGUCUCUAUUAAAGAUUCUAUUAGUGAAGCUAAAAAAAUUCACAGUUUAAUAUUUAGAACUUUGUAAAUAAUAACAAAUGAUAAUAUAAUAUGGGGCUAUUUAACAGGCAAAAUUUUAAAACAAGAAUUUCAAAUUUUAAUCAACAAACAAUAAUUUAAAUCAACAUCACUCUUGGAGUAAUAUCUUUAAAAUAAUGCCCGUUUAGAAGGCUGUCUUAAAUUUGAAUAGGAUAUUUCAACAUUUUUUCCUCUUUUCUUUUAAGAUGAAGAUUUCAGAACUCGCCUUUCAACUUGCGUAAUUUAAAAUUUUAAGAACUUUUAUGCUCUAGUUUGUUCAUACGAAUUAAUUACUAAUAAGAAUAAAGAAUUGACAUUUCAGAUAUAUAAGGAUACUAAAGAUUAAAAAUUAGCUGUUUUGGUAGAAAAAAUACUUGCUUGUAGCUAAAUUGAAGAAAUAAAAUCUAAGAAUUCUCUUAUAUAAGGAGCAAUUAUUCAAAAAUUUUUUUUAUUUAUGCAAAGAGGUUAUAUCGAAAUGUUGAGGUUAUACAAAACAGUCCAAAGCCCUGUACACUAUUAACUAUUUAAAAUAGUCUCAGAUUUGAUAUUAGAAAUACCUUUGAUUGAAUUUGAAUCACUAAAGAUAUGCAGCUCUUAUAGUUAUGGAAUAGAGUUAAUGGCUAAAUGUAAAAAAGCCAUCAAUGGGCAAAUUAAUUAAAUUCAAGAGAUUCUCGAAGAAGACUUUAGUGCUUUUAAAUUUUAAUUAUUAAAUCCAAAUUCAAAUGCAUUUUAGAAACUAUUAAAUGAAUCUUUAUUAAUUUAUUCAUUAACAAGGAGACACCCAUGUUAGCAAUUGAAAAGCUGUGUUUUAUAUUAUCCCUCAGAUAUUCAAUAAAAAGAAAUGUGUCUUAAUUACUCAUUAAUUAUAUCUUAAAAAAUGUUAUCCUCUUUUAGAUAUGAUUUAAAAUCAAUUCUAUUAACAUUUGAUCAUUUACAUUCCUUCGAUGUUUAGAAUAUUUUGAGAAUAAUUUUGAAUUAUUUCCUUAAUAAUUUAGUAAGUUCUUUUGUAUUAAAAAACUCAUGUCCAAUACAAUUGAUAGCAUUUAAUUAUGUCUUGAAUGAUCGAAAUUUUAUUAUUGUAUUGGCAAUAUAUUUACUUAAUUAUUCGAAUUCAUAAGAUGCAUAUAAUAAUGUCCUAGAGUUGAGUGGAUUAGCUAAGUCCUAGUUCAAUUAAAUAAUGCAUCAAAUAUUAAAACGGACUUUGUUAAAUUAUAUAAUUUUUUAAUCUCCUGAAAGCUUUGAAUAUUAUAAGGGAGAUUAGGACUAUUGGAAAAAUUUAGAAAAUGAGGUAUCGCUUCAAUAAGUAGAUGUUACAUACAUACAACUCUAUGCUUUUAUGUUUCAAGAUUAGGGAAUAAAUCACAUUAUUUAAGGUUGCAUUGAAAUAUAACAACAUCUAAAAUAGAAAAUAAAUUUAUCUUUCUUAAUUUGCAAAAUUGCUUAAACAGAUUACGACUAUAUUUAAUGUGUUGGAAGCAUUACUGGAAAUUAAUUUAAUGAAUAAUUUUAGAAAGGUUUGGCUAAAUUAUUUUAAACAGUGUUUUACACUUAAACAUUUUAUAACUUAAAUGAAAUGAGGACUCUUCUUAAAGAAUUCAGAUAUGAAAAUAAAAUAGACUUAGAAACCUUAAUUUUGAGUUCUUGUGAAAUUAACUAGGAUAAUGGAUAGCUUUAGUUGAAAAAGGAAUUAAAAUUGCAUAUUUAUGAACCAAUAUAUGCUGCUUAUAAUGAAAAUAUCAAGGAGAAGAUUAAUGAUUAAUUGCAAAUGUAGAAUGAUAAAUUUGUUGAGUUAUUUGGAUCAUCAUUAGAAUACGAACUGAAAUAUUAUGGUACACCAAAAUCAACACUGACUAAUAUUAGAUAUGAAAUUCUAAAAGCAAUUUCUUAAGAUUAGAAUUAAUACUUACUGGAAAUAAUUCUAAAAGAUUUAGAGAAUACUUUAUAAUCCAACACAGGUUUUAUUAAAUAACUAGAUGCAUCAUUAAAAAUUUUAUAAGAGAAUGCUAUUUACAUUAAUUUAUUAUAUUUAUCUGAUUAAAUGUUUAGUUCUAAUAAUGCCAAAAUAUAGCAUCUAGUAGAUAAAAUUUAGCAUUAUAGUUAAGUUUUUAUUCUGUUGGAUAAAUUUAUUGUUCAAGAUUUCAAAACUAAAGCGUCACUCAGAAUUUGA